AUGGCACUUAACCGUAUUUCGAAAGAAUUGCAAGAUUUGCAACGUGAACCACCAGCUAAUGUCAGUGCUGGACCAAUUCACUCAAGCGACAUGUAUAAUUGGCAAGCAACUAUUCUUGGUCCUAGUGAUUCACCAUACCAAUCCGGUGUAUUUUUUCUUGCAAUUACUUUUCCAUCGGAUUAUCCAUUUAAACCACCACAUAUUCAUUUCACAACGAAAAUCUAUCACCCAAACAUCAAUACGAAUGGUUCAAUUUGCCUUGAUAUUCUCCGCAGUAAUUGGUCACCAGCAUUAACUAUUUCAAAAGUUUUAUUAUCGAUUUGCUCAUUACUUUGUGAUCCAAAUCCAGAUGAUCCACUUGUACCAGAAAUAGCAAGACAAUAUAAACAUGACCGGGACGGAUAUAAUGCCACAGCUCGAAAUUGGACAAAAAAGUAUGCUACAUGA